CUCCCCCGUCACGACGAUGGAGGUCCUCCCGACAUACCGGCGGACCACCCAGCGCGCGCAGAAGCUUUUCGGGCGCUUCCCUCUGCGCUGGGCGCCGUGGGCCGCGGGCGUCCUAGCGCUCUUUUGGCUCAUUGGCCACGCCUUCCAUCCGCCGCCACCUCCGCCGCGCGAUUUCCCCGACUGGCACUACGAUCCUGAGCCGUUCUUCUCCCCCGCGCAGCAUCCGCCGGGCGAGGAGGGGGUUGCGACCCCGGAGGACUGGGCAGCGCGCGCGGCGCUAGUGAAGGGGGCGUUCGUGCACGCGUACCAGAGCUAUAACUCGAACGCGUAUAUGCAUGAUGAGGUGAAGCCGGUGUCGGGGGGACGUGUUAACAACUUCAACGGAUGGUCUGUUACCGUCUUCGACUCGCUGGAUACCAUGUUGAUCAUGGGUCUGGACGAGAUGUUCGACGAUGCUCUGAGUGUAGUCGCUCGCACCAGCUUCUAUCAGGACUCUAAUAAUUACGCGCCAUUCUUUGAGACCGUCAUUCGCUACCUCGGGGGCCUGCUGUCAGCUUAUGCCAUCUCCCGCGAACCCAUACUGCUUGCACGAGCAGACGACCUCGGCGCAGCUCUCCUUCCUGCCAUGGACACUCCCAGUGGGCUCCCGAUUUACGCAGUCAAUACGCAAUCGGGCAAGGGAAGGAUGGGAUGGACUGGAACGGUUCUGUGGGCCGAAGCGCUAAGCUGUCAGAUGGAAUACAAGUAUCUCGCUCACUUGACUGGCCGGCCGCAAUACUACCACAAGGUCGAGAAGAUCAUGGAUAUCAUGCACAAGGCCAACGUCACCGACGACCUCUUUUCCACCCAAUGGGACAUGAAGACCGCCGCACCCAAGUCAGGGUACUUCUCCGUCGGCGCCUUCGCCGACAGCGCCCACGAGUACCUCCUCAAGCAAUGGCUCCUCACCGGCCAGUCCGAGCCCAAAGCCCGCGACCUCUACCUCCGCUCCAUGCGCGCCAUCUUCGAGCACGUCACCUUCGUCUCCCCCAAGCGCGAGAUGCUCUACGUGACGGACAUCCGCGCGGGCAAGCUCACGCACACCUUCGAGCACCUCACGUGCUUCUUCGCGGGCCUGCUCGCACUCGGCGCGCACACGCUCGAGAUGCCCGCGCAUGAGCGGCAGCUGCACCGUUGGGCCGCGGAGGGUCUCGCGUCGACGUGCUGGAUGACCUAUGCGGACUCGUAUACUGGGUUGGGGCCAGAUGUGAUGAGCAUGGACCACUUUGACCCUCCGGAGAAGGGCAAGUGGUUGGAUAAGGUGAAGGUGUGGGAGGAGCAGGGGCGGCCGACGGAGAAGCCGCCGGGCGUUGUGCCCAAGAAGUGGGAGGAGCCGAAGUUCAAGGAUUAUAGGUCGUCGGUCGACUCUUAUUUGUUGCGCCCGGAGACGGUCGAGAGCUUCUACCUGCUUUGGCGCACGACGGGCGAUCCGAUGUGGCGUGAACGAGGGUGGACUGUGUUCCAGUCCAUUGAGAGGUUCUGCAAGGCCAAAUACGGCUACGCGAGCAUCACUAAGGUCGAUGCCAAGUCGCCCACGCUUAAGGACGAGCAACCCAGUUACUUCCUUGCGGAGACGCUGAAGUAUCUCUACCUGCUCUUCACCGACGCCGAGCUAGUGCCGCUCAACAAGUGGGUCUUCAACACUGAGGGGCACCCGCUUCCCAUAUACGAGUGGCGCCAAUGGGAGAAGGACGAGUACCGGAUACCUACGCCACAUCGCCCCAACCCACCGUUGGGCGAGGAGGCUGCCGACUCGCCGCGGACGACAGGAGAGGAACCUUAAUAUGCUGACCGCGGAAGGUGAUAUGGAUAACCGACUGACCUAUUUAUCCUCAUGUAGCAUACGUACGCUGCAAUAUACCUGCAGUCAAUCAGGA